CAUGACGGGCAUGUUAUUGAGUCGUUCGAGUUGACGACUGUACCACGGGACAGCCUCAUUCUUAUCGUAAUACUAUUAAAGGUUAUAAAUAGUUUCACACAACGCAUAAUUGGCGCCAUACAACAUAACAAAAGUUAUAGGGCGUUACAUCGCAUACAGCUAGCAAACGAUCCGAUUAGCAAGUUAAUUAAGCGUACGUUUCGUUCUGCAAGAGCUUGUGCAAUAAUCUGCAAUGCUGUUGAUGCAGUUUGCUGCAAGAUGACUCUGCAUGAAACUCACGAUCCAUUGUGGUUUGAUAGAUACGCCUGUUUACGCGACAGGGAAUCGAUUGGUUCACUGGCUUCGAUAGUAGCCGUUAUCAUAGGGGCGCGAUGGCUAAAAAAAACUUCGCUUGCAGAAAGGAAAACAUCGCCCAAUGCGACAUCCUGGCUAGAUGGAUUGUAACGAUCCGGCACUGAUUGCCAUCCCGAUCAGGCGACAGCGAAUGAGGACAACCAAGUCACAAGAGUGCUUGCUACUGGCUGUGCAGCAUCGGCCAUUAUCGGAGUCUUGUGUUAUCACUUAAGUCAUGCGUAUCGGAAGAGCGGAUGACACCGGUGACGUAGGACGAACCGAAUGCUCUUCGGGGACUUAAUCUUCGAGCUGACACACUGAAAUUGAUUUAAUUUCGUCGGUUAGUCGUACUCGGGCAGCGAUUGGACGAGGUUCACGAUCGUGUUCUACCAAUGAGCUGGCAUAGUGGUGAAGAUUCUGGUACUGCGAUGAACUACGCCUCGUACGGUGUUGGAUCGUCGUCAGUGAGUGCGUUGAAGCCAGUGCAAAGUUCUCGAAUGGAUUCGACACAAGACACACUAGAACAGUACCAACUGCUCCAGGAUGAGUGGCCUAGUUACUCGCACGCUACUACCUACAAUAAACCCUCCAUGGACAUUCAGCUGCUGAACGACGAGCACGAGAAAGCGAUCCUGCGUGAUCUGUGCAAAACGGGUGGAUCGGAAAGUACACCGUUGACCACGUUUAGCUACAUCAGUGAGUACAUCUGCUCGAACAACAUCGACAUUUGGCCGGGAGAGAUAGCGAGCUCGUCCGAGGCGAGUGCUAAGCAGGAGUUGGACCACGGAGAACAGCGUAUACCCAUUUCCGGAUGCAUUCAUCAGCAAGUAUACCUGCGAUGCAAACGGGUGCUGGAGUCGAUCAUUGUGAGGAACGAACAGAUUUUGGCCGUGCUGCGUCAAAAAUCUUGUCAGAAGGAUAGUAUCAAGUAGACACAAAAGACGACAUAAUCAGGCAUUUUUCAGGUUAAAUUUAGGCAAGUAGCCUCUAGAGUUGAAAGGAUCACGUUUUAUGAGGAUCGCCCUGUGUGCUACUGUGUCUGCAGUGGUAGUAACAUGGUUUAUAAGGCUGUUCAUGGUGACAUAUAGCUUCAUCAUAAAGUUUAAAACAGAAUAAGCUGAAUGAAUAUGAGGCUGACUUCUGGCGAAUAUCUUGGAGUUUAUUCUGGAGUCGCGGAAAGUAAUAAAUGUUCGGCGUUGGACUAAAUGGACU